AACAACAUGGCCGCAGCCAUGGAAGAUCCUGGCGGGCUCCGAUCGAAUUCUGCGAAUAAUCAACAGUGUUCAACAAUGGAAUAACCCUCGUUAAUUAAUCAUAUUUGAAACGUUGUGGUGAUACAGGAAGGUAACGGACGUACGUUUAUAAGUCGUUAAUAAUAUGGAGUUCCAUUCCGAAGACGGGCUAGAGCUGUUAUCGAGAUUCAGCGUGAAACCGCGGCCGAUUAACCUCGACAACGUUCUGUUCUCGAACGACAUCGACAACAGGAGCGUCGUAGAGAUCGUCGGGGCAUCGUCCACCGGGAAGACUCUGUUACUAUGCCAAUUCGUAGCGAAAUGUAUAUUGCCCGCGCAUCACAAGGGGAUCAGGAUCGACGGCUGCGAUGCCUGCGCGAUACUGAUCGACACGCUCGGUCACAUACGGAUGAGCAAGAUAGCCGAAUUGAUGUCUUCCACGAUACGCAGCGCGUAUCAGGUAGCCGAUGUGCAACCGCCAGCCGAAACGGUAGACCGCAUCGUAAACAAGUCCCUAGAAAACUUAACAGUGAUCAGCUGUUGCAACAACGAUCAGCUCCAGCUGACUCUGCACACGCUCGAAGACGAGUUUCUCAGCAAUGAAAGAAUCGCUCUGUUAGCUAUGGACAAUAUAUUGGCGUACUAUUGGCAGGCGAGGAAAGAGGGGAGCAUACUCAGUAUGGAUAACUACGCUAGAGAUCUGCUCAGAAUCGUUCAGGUUCAAACGUCUCAAUUUCACACCGUGACAGUUUACACGAGAUGGGACGGACCAGUGCCUAAACCCGAGUCGCAUGCCAAUCUGUUGAAAGGGUCAGGUGUAAAUUAUAGGCUGCAGCUUAGCAAAAGUACCGUAGUUCGUGAGUUUAUGUGUCAUUUACAAUCCAUUGACAAUGUAAAACAGAUUCGUUAUACAAUCUCUGAUUCUGGUAUAAAAUGGAUUCUUAAUAAUGCGUAAAUA